AUGCCGGCGGAACAGCCCGGGAACAGCGCGGGGGGUGAGCUGAGGGGGCCUCCGGGGGCGGGCGGGCGAGGGCGGCGGAGUCGGGGCCACAUGGAGGCGGGACGAGGCGUCGUGGAGGAACCCCGUUUGCACGGUGGAGGCGCCAAGCCCGACUGUCCCCCGCCAGGGGCCUCCCCGGCCGGAGACGCGGAGGAGCGCGGGGCGCAGGCAGGCGCGGCGGACGGCGGGGUGCUGACAGCCGCGAUGCUGCGGGAGGAAGAGCAGCUGGAAGCGGCGGGGCUGGAGCAGGAGCAGAAGAUGCUCGAGAAGGCUCGCUUGUCAUGGGAUAGAGAAUCAUCUGAUGUUAGAUACCGCAGACUUCAACAUUUGCUUGAAAAAAGCAAUAUUUACUCCAAAUUUUUGUUGACUAAGAUGGAACAACAACAGUUAGAGGAACAGAGGAAGAAAGAGAAAUUGGAGAGAAAAAAGGAGUCUUUAAAAGUUACCAAGGAUAAAAGUUCUAAUGUGAAAAGUGAAGAGAAUCCAGUUGUGAGGAAGAAGAGAGGACGAGAAGAUGAGUCAUAUAGUAUUUCAGAGGUUAUGUCAAAAGAGGAAAUCUUGUCUGUGGCUAAAAAAAAUAAAAAGGAGAAUGAGGAUCAGAGCUCCUCUUCUAAUCCCUGUGUAGAAGAUCUUCAGAAAAACAAAGAUUCAAAUAGUGUAAUUAAAGACAGAUUGUCUCAAACUAUGAGACAGAAUACAAAAUUCUUCUAUGACCCAGUAAGGAAAUGUAAUGGAGAACCAGUACCUUUUCAGCAACCAAAACUUUUUACUGGGGGAGUGAUGCGAUGGUACCAAGUCGAAGGCAUGGAAUGGCUAAGGAUGCUUUGGGAAAAUGGAAUUAAUGGCAUUUUAGCAGAUGAAAUGGGACUGGGAAAGACAGUUCAGUGCAUUGCUACAGUUUCAUUGAUGAUUCAGAGAGGAGUACCUGGACCUUUCCUUGUAUGUGGCCCUUUGUCUACACUUCCUAACUGGAUGGCUGAAUUUCAAAGAUUUACACCAGAAAUUCCUACGAUGUUAUAUCAUGGGACCCAGCAGGAACGUCAGAAAUUGGUAAAAAAUAUUCACAAACGGAUAGGAGCACUACAGAUUCAUCCUGUGGUAAUUACUUCAUUUGAAAUAGCCAUGAGAGACCGAAAAUCAUUACAGCAUUGUUACUGGAAAUACUUAAUAGUAGAUGAAGGACAUAGGAUUAAGAACAUGAAGUGUCGUCUAAUCAGGGAGCUAAAACGGUUUAAUGCAGAUAACAAACUUCUUUUGACUGGUACUCCCUUGCAAAACAAUUUAUCAGAGCUUUGGUCACUGCUAAACUUUUUAUUACCAGAUGUUUUUGAUGAUUUGAAAAGCUUUGAGUCUUGGUUUGAUAUCACUAGCCUUUCUGAAACGGCCGAAGAUAUUAUUGCAAAAGAAAGAGAGCAGAAUGUAUUACACAUGUUGCACCAGAUUCUAACACCUUUCCUAUUGAGAAGACUGAAAUCUGAUGUUGCUCUUGAAGUUCCUCCUAAAAGAGAAUUAGUGGUUUAUGCACCUCUUACAAAGAAGCAAGAAAUCUUUUAUACUGCCAUUGUAAAUCGUACAAUUACAAACAUGUUUGGAGCUAGUGAGGUAGAAACGGUUGAGCUAAGUUCCACUGGACGACCAAAACGACGAAAUAGGAAGUCAGUAGAUUAUAGCAAAAUAGAUGAUUUUCCUAAUGAAUUGGAAAAGUUGAUUAGUCAAAUACAGCCAGAGCUGGAACGAGAAAGGAAUGUUGUGGAAACAAAUAUCCCUAUAGACUCUGAAGUUAAUCUGAAGUUGCAAAAUAUAAUGAUGCUUCUUCGUAAAUGCUGUAAUCAUCCAUACUUGAUUGAGUACCCUAUAGACCCUGUAACACAAGAGUUUAAGAUUGAUGAUGAAUUGGUAACAAAUUCUGGAAAGUUCUUAAUUUUGGAUCGAAUGCUGCCAGAGCUAAAGAAAAGAGGCCACAAGGUGCUGCUUUUUUCACAAAUGACAAGAAUGUUGGAUAUUUUGAUGGAUUACUGCUACUUUAGAAACUUCAACUUUAGUAGACUUGAUGGAUCCAUGUCUUACUCAGAGAGAGAAAGGAAUAUGCACAACUUCAACACAGAUCCAGAUGUUUUUAUCUUCUUAGUGAGUACACGAGCUGGUGGCUUAGGCAUUAAUUUGACUGCAGCUGAUACAGUUAUCAUUUAUGAUAGUGAUUGGAAUCCCCAGUCUGAUCUUCAGGCUCAAGAUAGAUGUCAUCGAAUUGGUCAAACAAAGCCUGUUGUUGUAUAUCGACUUGUUACAGCAAAUACUAUUGAUCAGAAAAUUGUGGAAAGAGCAGCUGCUAAAAGAAAACUGGAAAAAUUGAUCAUCCACAAAAAUCAUUUCAAAGGUGGUCAGUCUGGAUUAAAUCAAUCUAAGAAAUUCUUAGACCCUACGGAAUUAAUGGAAUUAUUAAAAUCUAGAGAUUAUGAUAGAGAAGUAAAAGGAUCAAAAGAGGAGGUCAUUAGCGAUGAAGACUUAGAACUGCUAUUAGAUCGAAGUGAUCUCUUUGAAAAAAUGAAUUCCUCAGAACAUAUUAAAGAGAAGAUGGGGAUUUUCAAGAUAUUAGAAAAUUCUGAAGAUUCCAGUCCUGAAUGUCUAUUUUAAAUUGGAGUUAAAGAAUGUCUUGAAAAAUUACUUAUUAACAUCUAGUAAUGUACUUCUCUUGGUAAAAUUCAGAUUGUUCACUUGUUUGAUUGCAUCAAUUAACAUAAAAGUAACAGGUGCCAUUGUGUAAUAGAUGGUAAUUUACUGAGCCUUGUUAAGAGAAAAGAAGUAUACACAGAAAAUUUAUGUUUUUGACUAAAUGUAUACUUUACCACUGCCAGAAUUAUACAGUCUUCCUGUGGAAGUAUAAUAAAUGUUUUUUUUAU